GCCGCGUUAGAUCUCAUCCGCUCUCACUUUCUGUCCUUCUUCGCAAGGAGUUGCGGAUUCUUUUUCCUUGCAAGCAUAAUGUCGGCUAGCCUCAUAUCGGUGGAUUACGAAGUGUUCGGCAACGUGCAAGGUGUGUGUUUCAGAAUGUAUGCAGAGGAAAAAGCUAGGAGAGUGGGAGUAGUUGGCUGGGUUAGAAAUUCCAGACAAGGGACAGUUACUGGCCAAGUUCAGGGUCCAGAAGACAAAGUAAAUGAGAUCGUCCUCAGAGCCUUCAUUUUCCUUCAACACUACCAGAAGAUCUUCUGAGGACUUUUAG